CAACGGUGAUCUCACAUGAAAACAAUUCCCACAUCAUAACGUCGAAAUAAAAUUAUUCGUAAAAAAAUACAAAACAAGAGAAGAGUUUGCGACAAAUCUCACUAAAAUUUCAAGAAAAUGGAAGCAUUGUGGAAAUUAGAAGACAAAUGGAACCUCUCAACGCAAAAGGCCAUAGCCAUAUUCACAUGCUCCUCAUUCCUACUCAUCGCCGCAUGUUUUGCCGCCGCCACGUGGCGGCGGCGGCGGCGGCGCGUGCACCAAGAGGCGCCGCCGCCGCCGCCGAGGAGGAGCGUGGAGGUGCUGCUGGGGUCGGUGGGGUGGAGCCGGCCGCGGAUCGAGUGGGAGGAGAUCCGGCGGCCGGUGCUGGUGAAGAGGGAGGGGCAGAGCCACCACGACUCGGCGGCGGCGGUGUGGCAGCGGCCGAUUCUGAUGGGAGGGAAGUGUGAGCUGCCGAGGUUCAGUGGACUCAUUCUCUAUGAUCAAAGAGGCACUCCACUUCACCAAGGAAUCAUGUGCAAACAGGAGACGAUGCAGGCUGCAACUACAUUGAGGGACUUGCUAUGACUUUGGUGUAUUAUUUUAAUUAUACUUUGCAGAGAGUUUUGUCCUAAUCUGGUUAUGUUAAAAUUAAACCUAUGAUGACAAAGUGGUUAUUAUUAGAAAUGAAAAGUUUAUACUUUUCAACUUUUAGGUCAUGUGCUAUUUUCUAGCUUAAAUUUUAGAAGUCAAUGGGCUUUAGAUUUUAU